UGGGACGAGGCUAAGUAAAGUGAAGCCGCGCGCAUGCGUGUUCUGGUUCAGGAAUCAGGCUAGCAAUGGUUGUUGGCGACUGUCAACUGUAGUUGUGGCAGGGAGCGGUGAAAGUAGUAGUCAUGUCAAGCAAGGAAGUGAAAGCAGCUUUGAAAAGUGCCAGAGAUGCAAUAAGGAAUAAAGAAUAUAAAGAAGCUCUGAAGCACUGUAAGGCAGUAUUGAAACAGGAGAAGAAUAACUACAAUGCCUGGGUCUUUAUUGGGCUGGCAGCUGCUGAGCUGGAGCAACCUGACCAAGCCCAAGGUGCCUACAGAAAGGCUGCAGAACUUGAACCAGGGCAGUUGCUGGCGUGGCAGGGCUUAGCAAAUUUGUAUGAAAAAACAAAUCACACAGAUGCCAGAGAAGAUUUGAUAAAUGUUUACCACAAACUCCUGGAACUCUAUGAAAGUACUGACAAACAGAAAUGGUGUGAAGUAUGUAGAAAGCUUGUGGAGCUGUAUCACCAAGAAAAAAAAUACCUUCAGGUGGCUCGAACCUGGCACAAGCUAAUAAGAAUAAAACGAGAAGAAGGUGCAGAUAAUGCUGAACUUCAUGAGCUAUGGAAGAGAUUGGUCCAGUUACUGGCAGAGUGUAUAAAUCUCCAGGACAACGAAACUCAGCAGUUGCUUCUUAAUGCAUUUGAAGAGGCAGUGAAUUCCUCAGACCCAAUUCCAAGUGAAGAACACCAAAAGCUUUACAGAGAGUUCAUUCAGUGCUUGUCAAAACUUCCUCAUGAGUCUUCUAGACUGAAGAAGGCCUGCAAAGAUAUGAUGGCUUUGUAUCCUGCUGUGAGUUAUCCUCUGGAAGUUCUUUGCUUGUAUUUCAUUCAGUCAGGCAGCUUCACAGAGGAAGCCCUGAAUGGUUAUAAAAAGCUUCUUGACAUUGACUCAAGAAGUGGCCCAGCCCUUAUUGGUUUAGGAAUUCGAUUCCUCCAAGAAAAACAAUAUGAAGAAGCUGAAAAAAAUCUAACAGAAGGUUUGCAGCAGACGAAUCAGUGUCCAGUAGCAUGGUGUUACUUAGGAGAGGUACAAGUGAAAAUGCAUAAAUAUAAUAAAGCUGUACAUUCUUGCAAUCAAGCUCUCAAGACAUUGGAACAACUUAAUGAAACCAGUUCCAGUCAGCAACAGAAAAACCUUGCUCAUCGUUUUAAAGCAGAGGCCUUGAUUAAAAUUCCAGGCGCCGACUCUGCAGAAGAAGCCAUAAAUUCCCUUGCUUCGGUUUUGGAUAUAAACAAUGACCCAAAGCUUAUUGCGCUUAAAGGCCAGGCCUGCCUAAAUAAAGGCUGUACUGAUGAAGCUUCAAAGAUUACACAAGAACUUAAACUGGCAUAUCCCGACCUGGGAGAUGCCCACUGUCUUGAAGGUUUGAUUCAUUACACACAAAAGAAUUAUCAUGAAGCGGAAAUAAGCUUUCAGACAGCUAUUGAAAAAGGACCUGAAACAGCAGACUUUCAUUUCUGCCUAGGUCUCACAUACUGGUUUAUGAGUGAAGAGACGAGAAAAGAGAAAACCAAAGCUCUUACUCAGUUUCUGAAGGCAGCAAAAAUGGACAGUUACCUGGGAACUGCUUUCCGCUACCUGGGUCAGUACUACAGGGAUAUAGCUGGAGAUAAAAACAGAGCUCUUGGCUGCUAUAAAAAGGCUUUUGAAAAAGAUAAAACAGACGGAGAAGCUGGAGCAGCGGUGGUAGACUUGAGCACUGAGCUUGGAGACCUGGAUACAGCCCUUGACAUCUUGACAAACGUAACAGAAAAAGCCAGCGCUGGAAGAGCAAAAUGGGCCUGGCUACGUCGUGGACUUUAUUAUCUUAGAGCUGGUCAGCAUUCGCAGGCUGUGGCAGAUUUGCAGGCAGCUCUGAGAGCAGAUCCAAAAGAUCCCAACUGCUGGGAAGCGCUAGGAGAAGCAUAUUUGAGCAGAGGGGGCUACACAACAGCAUUAAAAUCUUUCCGAAAGGCCAGAGAACUGAAUCCCAAAUCUAUAUAUUGUAUUUAUAAGGCUGCAGCCAUUGAACAGAUUCUAGGAAAGUAUAAAGAUGCUAUUGCAGAAUAUCAGCACAUCUUGGAGACAUCAAAAGACUAUGUCCCUGCACUGAAAGGUCUGGGAGAGUGCUAUCUUAGGUUGGCAAGGACUGCUCUUGUUGACUAUCUGGAUGGGAAAGCUCUGGACUACAUAGAACAAUCCCUUGAUUUUUUAGCACGAGCAGCAAAACAUCGCCCUGAAGUAUCUUGCCUUUGGAAAUUAAUUGGAGAUGCCUGUAGUAGUGUUUGUGCUGUUUCACCAUCCAAAGUGCAUGUGAAAGUUUUAGGAUUCCUUGUUGGCCAGAACACAGACAAAUUUGCACUAAAGAAAAGCGAUCUUCUGAGUCUGGGGGGAAGGUGUUAUGGCAGAGGAUUAAAACUGAUGUCCUCACCAAACACAUGGUGUGAUCUUGGGAUAAAUUACUAUCAUCAAGCACAGCACCUUACAGCAAUGGGUAGUAAGAAGAAUGAGAUCAGUGAACUCCUAGAGAAAUCUGUACAGUGUCUUAAAAAAUCUGUGAGACUAGACAGUAAAAACCAUUUUUACUGGAAUGCCUUGGGUGUGGUGGCCUCUUGCAAAGGUAUUGGAAACUAUGCUCUUGCACAACAUUCGUUCAUUAAAUCUCUUCAAGCUGAACAAAUUAAUGUUGUUGCCUGGACCAAUUUGGGAGUCUUGUACUUAACAAGUGGAAAUAUAGAGCAAGCACAUGAAGCCUUCAAGGUAGCCCAGUCUUUGGAACCCUCCUAUUUAACUUGCUGGAUUGGGCAGGCUCUUAUAGCAGAAACUGUUGGCAGCUAUGAGACAAUGGACCUCUUCAGGCACACCACAGAACUCAGCAUGCAUACAGAGGGAGCGAAAGGCUAUGCCCAUUGGGUGUGCUCAACCCUGAAGGAUCAAACCAACAGAAACACUGAAUUGUAUAAGUACAACAUUCUUCAGAUGAAUGCUAUUCCAGCAGCACAAGUUGCGCUGACCAAAUAUACAGAAAGAAUCCAGAAUGAUGCAUGUGCCUUCACAAUGCUUGGUUACUUAAAUGAAUAUCUUCAGUUGAAAAAGCAAGCAGCAAAUGCAUAUCAAAGGGCAGUUGUAUUGCUGAAGAAUUCUGAAGACAAAGAACAGUACAAUGUAGCCAUGAGGAAUUAUGGAAGAUCACUGUGUUCUCUAGGGCAUUAUGAUGAUGCCAUCCAGGCUUACUUGUCAACUCCUCUCACAGAAUUUGAUGAUAUUGUUGGAAUCGCCCAGGCUUACUUCAAGAAAGGUCAUUCUCAGGAAAGUCAGAAGGCUUAUGAGAGUGCGCUCUCCAUUGCUGUUUAUGAGCAAGAUAAAGCAUAUAUCCUGACAGCUCUUGCAAUAAUGGAAUACAAACAGAAUCGAGUGGAUGCUGCGAAGACCCUCCUAUUUAAAUGUUCUAUAUUACAGGAACCCAAUAUGGAAAGUCUGCAAGCUUUAUGUACUUUGGGGCUGAUAAAGCAAGAUGCUACACUUGCAACAGCAGCACUUAAGGAAUUAUUGAAGCACAUAGAAAGAAAAGAUAAUGUUUAUGAGUGGUGCCUUCUUACAUCUGCUGUCUAUGCAUUGCAAGGCAGAAGUCUGGCAGCUCAGAGACAAGUUUCUAAAGCUGUCCACAGCAACCCAAAUAAUCCUGCCCUGUGGUCUCUCUUGUCUCGACUGGUACCUCGACUUACACCACAGCAUGCAAAGGGUGGAGCUGUAGCAGGAACUGUUGCUCACAUACUUGAUUUAAACCAUGGAAAGAAAGCCUUGCUGCAUACUGCAGUUAAUCAACUGGCAUUAGGAUGUCACACAGCUGAAGACAAACAAAACAACACACUGAAGAAUAUCCAAAAGGCAGCUCAUCUUUCUCCAGAUGAUCCUGCUGCUUGGGCAGUUCUCCUGGCUGCCUGUCAUGCUGAAAACACAGUUGCUUGUCUGCAUAAUAGGCAGCCCAAGAGGACAGAUUUGGGGGAAAUGAUUGUAGCUACAAUCUCUGCUAAAACUAAAGAAAAGAAUCUUCCAGCUUCCCAUGCCCAGGCUCUUGAAGAGUGGUCUCUUUUCCAGGCUAUUACUGACUUGAAUGAGACAGGGAGAACCUCAGAAGCUGAGGCUCUUUGCACCAAGGGUUUAAAAACAUUUCCUGAGCAGCCAACGUUGUACUUGCUUCUAAGGCAGGUUCAGUGCAAACCACUUUUGCAGUCUCGGAAAGAGCUUCCUGAUGCCAUCUUAGAAGAGCUCAGAAAGACAGUUAUGUCAAACUCUGCUUCCGUUACAGCUUGGCAUUGGUUAGCACAAGUGUACCAGUCUCAAGGAAUGAUGGUUGCUGCAGAGAUGUGUUACCGAAAAAGUCUGCAGCUGGCAUCCCAGCAGAGCAACUGGAAUGGGAAGCUCUCUAGUCUACUAAGACUUGCUAAGCUUGCUCUGGAAAUCUGCAUGGCUAAUAUUUUGAAUGAUCACUGGCCAUCUUUGGUUCAAGAAGCCGCAACAGAAGCUUUGAAACUUUCCUUCUGCCCACUGGGCCUUCUGUUACAAGCACUUCUGCAGUACAACCGCAAAAUGGGGUCAAGGGAAACUCGGCGUAUGCUAGAGAGAGUGGUGUAUCAACCUGGAUAUCCAGAAACAAUAUCAUCAGUUGCCCGAUGGUAUCUCCUAAGACAUUUAUAUGCCAAAGAUGAUUAUGAACUAAUAGAUACUCUUGUCGCAAAUGCCAAAGCUAAUGGAGAUGUCCGAGCUUUGGAACUAAACAAGAAAUUGUCAGCAGCAGCAUCCUAAUAUUACCCUCGGUGAAGAGGUGGGCAGACAGAAGACUAACUCCAGAAGUCCAUGACAACCACACCCAAGUAGCAAUCAUUCUUUCGUCAACAUUCUUUCUUGUUGAACAAGUAGCAGUAACUUUCCAACACAUUCUAAAAGAAAGCUGCUAUUAAAUGGCCCUUUUGCAAUGCAAUUGAUGUUUUUCUGAUUUAUGCUAAAUGUAAUUAUCUUUGCGAUUCUAGUAAAUGUUAAUGGAAUUGUGAAGCACACAGGUAAUGUUGAGUAUCUCCUGUGUGGAGCAGAGUCAAACAUGUUUCAGACUUUGAAACACAGUCUAAAUAAUACACGGAUGUAUUAAGAAAAAAUAAGUUGAUAAGUAGCCAGCCCUUAAAGCAUGCAGAAGUUUUUGCCAUAUACAUUAGUAUCCAUAUUACCACUAUUUAAAGACUAAUCCUUCCACAGUUUCCCAGGUAAAGCAAAUAAUAUUACAACUUGGUGGUAUUGAAGAAUAAAGCUUUAUAAUGUGUAGAAAUACUUUAUACAAACCUGAUUAGGUAUACAAGGAUUUGAAUCGCUUGUUGUUUUGAAACUCCAUUCUGCAAUUCUGAACAAUGUCAUGAUUACAAGAAGACUUCUGUUCUCUCAGAAUUCAUGUGAAAUUAAAUAAUGCAUUUACUUUGCUGCUUGUAUUGAU